GCUGAGGUGUCCCAUGUGUCCCAGGUGUUCAGCUCAAAUUGAGCAACACUCUACACAAGAAUUCAGCACUCUUGGACAGUGUGGAUGAAAGAUGAGAGAAGAAUGAGGAGCUGUCACAAUUUGGAGGAGACUAAAGAGAGCACCUUACAGUUGACAUUACACUUCUCCCCGUGGAGCCACAAAGUAAACAGCUCAUGACUUCUGAUCAGGACGCUAAGGUUGUGGCUGAACCGCAGGGCCAGAGAGUCCAGGAAGGGAAAGACAGCGCUCAUCUGAUGAAUGGUCCCAUAUCUCAAACCACUUCUGAGACAAGCUCCAUCCCAGCUUUGAGUCAGGUACCAGCAGCCAAGGUUUCGGAGCUAAACCCCAAUGCAAAAGUGUGGGGGACACCUGUGUUACAUUUGGAGGCAGGUAGUGCAGCGGACGGCGGUGUGCGCGCCGCCUGGGAGGACGUGCCCGGCCGUCGGCCUGACUGCAGCCAGGGAGAAUUGGAUGCCAAUGGCGACGACGACGGAAGUCAUGAGGUUGCAGCGCUGCCAGAGGUACAGGAGUCGGACCAGACAGCCAUGAGCACCGUGGCUCUGGACCACUCGGAGUACGAGUGUCCGCCUGAAAGCAGUGAUGCGGGAGGAAAUGAGUCUCAACCAGAAAGCCAGGAAGACCCCCGAGAAGUACUUAAAAAAACAUUGGAAUUCUGCUUAUCCAGGGAGAAUCUUGCUAGUGACAUGUACCUUAUAUCGCAGAUGGACAGUGAUCAGUACGUGCCAAUCACCACGGUGGCGAACCUGGACCACAUCAAGAAGCUCAGCACCGACCUGCACUUGAUUGUCGAAGUGCUGAGAUCUUUACCUUUAGUCCAAGUGGAUGAGAAGGGAGAAAAAGUAAGGCCAAAUCAAAACCGUUGCAUAGUGAUACUCCGUGAGAUCCCGGAAUCCACACCAGUAGAAGAAGUAGAAGCACUAUUUAAAGGAGAUAAUUUACCAAAAUUUAUAAACUGUGAAUUUGCCUAUAAUGAUAAUUGGUUUAUUACAUUUGAAACAGAAGCUGAUGCACAGCAGGCUUACAAAUAUCUGCGAGAAGAAGUCAAAACUUUUCAAGGAAAACCAAUUAAGGCGCGGAUAAAAGCAAAAGCAAUAGCUAUCAACACAUUUCUGCCAAAGAAUGGAUUUCGGCCCCUGGACAUGAGCCUUUACACGCAGCACCGCUACACAGCGUCCUUUUACUUACCUCCCGUCUACAGCCCUCAGCAGCACUUCCCUCUGUACAGCCUGGUCGCCCCCCAGACAUGGUCAGCAACACACAGCUAUCUCGACCCACCCUUGGUGACUCCAUUUCCAAAUACUGGAUUUAUAAAUGGGUUCACGUCUCCAACCUUCAAACCCGCGACAUCGCCUCUGACUUCACUCAGACAGUACCCUCCGAGAAGCAGGAAUCCUGGUAAAUCCCACCUGCGCCAUACCAUUCCCAGUGCAGACAGAGGACCUGGGCUGCUAGAAAGUCCUUCGAUAUUUAACUUCACUGCGGACCGCUUGAUGAAUGGUGUCCGGAGCCCACAAACGAGGCAGACAGGCCAGCCCAGGGCCCGUGGACAGAACCCUCCGGCCUCCGCCAAGCGAGAUGCUGGGGCCCCGCGGGUGGAGCCAGGAGGCCUCGAGUCCUCUCCCGGCUUAGGCAGAGGCAGGAAAAAUUCCUUUGGUUACCGGAAGAAAAGGGAGGAGAAGUUUACAAGGAGUCAGACUCAGUCUCCGACGCCACCAAAGCCUCCAUCCCCGAGCUUCGAGUUGGGGCUGUCCAACUUCCCCCCGCUGCCCGGCGCAGCGGGCCACUUGAAGGCCGACGACUUGUUUGAGAACAGGCUGUCUAGCUUGCUCCUAGGCUCGUCCAAAGAAAGGAGCCUCAGCACAGACGCUGGUGUGAGCACUCUUCCCUCAGCGACCCCCAGGGAGCCCCCGGGACCUGCCCCCUGCACCCUGUCGGCGGCCCACGAGCGUGCCCCUUCCCCCGCCCACCUGCCCGAGGACCCCAAGGUGGUGGAGAAGCCAAGGGAAGCGUCAAGUGUGGACAGACUCCCUUCCGCCCCGACUGCCACCGCCAGUAAAUCGGUGCAGGUGAACGGUGUCAGCCUGGAACUGCGAAAACCCAGCUAUGCGGAGAUUUGCCAGAGGACCAAUAGAGAACCUCCAUCCUCCCCAUUGCAGCCCCCGAAAGAACAAAAGCCAAAUGCUGUCAGUUGUGGGAAGGGAGAAAAGCAGCUCUCCGAGAAAGAGCCCCCUGCCGCCAAGGCCAGCCCGGGGCCACCCAGAGACCAGAGGAGGCCGCCGGGCCCAUCCGUGGGGAAGCGUCCGCACAGAGAACAGAGCACGCCACCCAGGUCCCCGCAGUAAGCGCCCAGGUCUGGGGCUGCGAGGAGCUGAGGUCACCACAGCUGAGCACCGUCCCCCUCGGCGCCGAGAAUGAGCCGCUGGUUAGGAGCUUGCAGUGUAGACGAGGCUCUGAGAUGCCUGCAAGUCACUUCUAUGAGUCGGAUUCCCCCCCCUUGGAAAAAAUCUAUUUUUCAGGAUUUAAUUAAUAUAAACCUUAUUUUAGGUUGGUGCUUAACUGGAGGUGAUGCAUAAGUCUGAUUUUUUUUCAGGAUAGAAAAUGCAUUUAUCCUAACAAAUUGAUAUUUUUUAUUAUGCCUCCAUGUGGUUAUGAAUGCAAGCUAUAAAUAGUGAGUUUUUCUAAAUUAAGCGGAACUGUGCUACUUCAUUUUUUAAAAUAACUGGUUAGCAAGUGCAUAUCUCUAAGGAUGUGCAGACCGACGGUGAGGCCGAGGACCGUGGGUUGAGGGCACGAGGUGGUGCUGUGGGGUGCAGCCUGGAGGGGGUGCACCCUGGCCCCGAGUGUGACUGUCAUUCAGAAUCAGGUGAUGGUAGCUUUUUAUAAAAAGUGCAACUGCCUUUGAUCUACUGGUCAGAGAGCCCCGCGAGAGCCCGAAACCUUGUUUUGAUGCACUGCAAGCGAGUAACCAGCUCCUCACUCCAGUCUCAAGUGGCUAUUGUGUAAGAUAAAUUCAAAGCACAUUGUGAAUAGAACUUAAAUGAGAACAUAAACUGUGUCGUCCACUGACAUGUGACCGCAAAAUUGUACCCUGGUGUUGUCUUGCUCCGCGAGCUGGCGGGAGGGCUGGGAGUCCGCCCCCCUCUUGCGUCUCCCCUGUGUUAGCCGGCUCCCGUGGGCGCCUUCCCGAACCUCUGCGCUCUGCGUCGGCAGUGGAGUGGUGCAGACAUCCCCUGACUGUGGGAGAAUGAUUUGGGUGCCUGGUGGUGGGGGAGAUGAGAAUUCCCGCUCCGGACCUCCGAGGUCAGGGUCUCGGCGGCCCCUCCUGGAAGUGCUGCACUCUGAACACGCCUGCUCUAAAGCUAGCGGUUUGUGAUAAAGGUAAAUAUAAAUUAUUUUCUUUUAAAAUGCCUAAAUUUCUCCUUUGAGUGUAAUAAGCAGCAGCCAUUAAAAUAAGGAUAUUUCAUGCUACAUGUAACCAUACAGUUUAUUCCACAAAAUGUUAUUUAACAAGACUGAGGGUUUUUUUAAAAAAAUUAUUUCCAUCCAAUAUUUAAAGACUUGAAUUUUAUUUAAACUUGAAAAUGACUUUGCCUUAACUUUUGUAUAAGACAGCGUAGAGCUCUGGAGACCGGCCCUGGGUUGGCAUGAGUGGGUCACAGUUCCUCGGCGGGCACCCGAGAACUAGCGGCGUGCUUGCAGUACAGCUGACGAUCUCACACAGCUGACCUUUUCUCAGCUUGUUGGAAAUCCUGGGAUGCAGAUGGUCCAUGCUGUUAAAUGUGUGCACUUGGGAGAGUGUGCUUCGCCUGUACAGUUGUAAAUACUGAGAACAUAUUAAAGGUACCCUAAAGAGAAAAUCUGAUACAAAUUAUCGAUAUAUUAUAAAUGUUGCUAUUGACCUGAAUGUAGAUAAACUAAAUGUUGUGGUUUGAAUAUCAUUUUAAUUUGUUGGGGUUUUUUUCCCUCUUAAACUGGUGUGUUGAACUGAUUCUGCCUCUUUGCUGCUGCAAAAGGGGAAUGGACAGGACAGUCUCGUGAAAGCCUCUGUUGUGUUCACGCUCUUUCUUCAAGUAUGUAAAUAUGUGCUACUCAGAGCUGGUGUGAGGGGUGCGGAGUUUAGUGGAAGGCAGGAAUUGGCAGGAUCCUCAGGGGAAGUGAGAAAUAAGCUACUACUGAAAGUCGCCCUGCGGGGAGGGCUCGCC